AUGGCAAACUUCGACUACGGCUUCACUCUACCCGACGGGACCAUCAUCGCGCACGGCGAGGGCGUACUCACGAAACAAGCGUUCCCGCCCGAGCUACAGCUGCCCGGGACAAUGCACGUCUUCAGCCCCGGCCACGAGACGGAUCCUUCGGUGCCCUGCUUCCAGGGCCCCGCGGGGAUUCUCGACUUCGACACGACAUGCCGGAUGCCUCGCCACGUGCACAUGACCACGAACACCAGCAAACCGCAGAAAUUCGUGACCGAGAAGAUCCUGGUGAUGAACGGCGUCGCCCUGGCCGAACUCAGUGGAACCAUCUACGUGAUCCCGCCAAUGACCAUGGUCAUCAUCAAGCCCGGCUCACCGCACGCUUGGGUGGCGUGCCCGCCCGGUGUCGACUUCCAGAAGCUGGGCAUCUCCGGGGACGAGAAGCUCGUGUCGGAAGGCAAGUUCUACGCCGUUUAUGAAUAUUCAGACGCAACCACCUUCUUCCCGACCACCCAGAACAAACGCCUGGAAAGCGUGGACGACUACGUCAAGUGCGACGACCUGCAAAGUAUCAGAUUCCCCGAGCUCGACGUGGAGGGCGUCAUCAAGCGCGGAACCUUCGUUUGGGGAAAGACCCUCAAAAAGCUUUCGUGA